CCCCACAUGGGAUCCUAGCCCCUGUCUGUCCAGCAAUCCUCCCUGGGACACACUGACACAUUGUAUCACCCCACCUGGAACAUGUUUCUCCCCAGAAUGAGGCGGAUUCUCAGGAUCCCAAACCGCUCAGUGCUGGCUGUGCUCUUCCUCUUCUCCCUCUCCUCAUCCUUCCUCUAUUUCAUCUAUGUGGCCCCUGGGAUAGUGAACACUUACCUCUUUAUGAUGCAAGCUCGAGGUAUUAUCAUCAGGGAGAAUAUGAGAACGAUAGGAGCCCAGGUGUACGAGCAAGUUGUGCGCAGUGCAUAUGCACGCAGAAACAGCAGCAUCAACGACACAGAUUAUGGACUUGAUUUCAACCACAGUGAGUCAUUUGUUCAGACAACCACAUUCCUGCCAGAAGACUUUACUUACCUUUCCACUCAACUGUGCCCGGAACGAGUUCCUUCAAUGAAAGGACCUGUGGAUGUAAACAUGAGUGAGGUUCAAAUGAGCGAUGUACAUGAGAUGUUUGCAAAAGAUUCCAUUAAGCUGGGAGGCCAUUGGAAGCCCGACGACUGCAUUCCCCGAUGGAAGGUGGCCAUAUUGAUUCCCUUCCGGAACCGUCAUGAACACCUACCUGUUCUUUUCAAGCAUCUCAUUCCCAUGCUCCAGCGGCAGCGACUGCAGUUUGCAUUCUACGUCAUUGAGCAGACUGGAAAUCAGCCGUUUAAUCGAGCGAUGCUUUUCAACGUUGGCUUUGCGGAAGCAAUGAAGGAUCUCGAUUGGGACUGUAUGAUAUUUCACGAUGUCGACCACAUACCAGAAAAUGAUCGUAAUUACUACGGUUGUCAGCACAUGCCUCGCCAUUUCGCUGCUAAACUAGAUAAAUACAUGUACCUGCUUCCGUACAGUGAGUUUUUCGGAGGGGUGAGUGGUUUAACAGUGGAGCAGUUUCGUAAGAUCAAUGGUUUCCCCAACGCAUUUUGGGGGUGGGGCGGAGAGGACGAUGACCUUUGGAAUAGGGUCCAGUUUGCUGGGUACAACGUGACACGGCCAGAAGGCGAUAUAGGAAAAUAUAAAUCUAUUCCACAUCACCAUCGAGGGGAGGUCCAGUUUCUGGGCAGAUAUGCGUUGCUGAGGAAAUCUAAAGAGAGGCAAAUCAUGGAUGGCCUGCAUAACUUGCAUUAUUCCCCGAAUAUCACCUACAGUAUGUUGUAUAAAAAUAUUACCGUACAUUUGACUCCGGAGCUGGCUCUUGUGAGUGAUUAUUAAGUACAAUAAAUCAACCAGUCGUCUUGAAUUUUUUUUAUUUUUACUUUGCCAAGAAAACACCACUAUGGAUGUCCGUCUUAAGAACAUUAACAGGGGUGGGGGGAAGGAGAUCAUCCUGGAACCACGAAAUGAAUGCAUCUGAUGACAUUUACU